UCAGAUGCAGGAAAUAGCUGGAACUCGCCAAAACAUCGUCAGGUACAUACAUGAGGGGUACGAUUAUCACAUUGAUACCACGUCCCCUUACAUAUAUCGAUGUGCCACUCGUAAAACUACGGGUUGUCGGGGUACCGCGCGAGUAGAUGCUGCGGGGGUGGUAACGGUCUACCGGCCGCACGAGGGGCACCAGCCCAAUCGCAAUAUUUUGGAAGAAGCCCGCAUGCGCCAGGAGAUGUUAGACUUGGCUCCUCCGAAGGAGAUUUUUGACGACGUGUGUCGAAGAAAUCCUGCAGUGGCGAUAAAUUUUUCGUUUGCGGUAAUAGAAAGUGCAAUACAACGCGUUCGCACAAAAUUGAGGCCGGCUACACGUGCGACCUUACGAGACCUUGGCGCGGUAUUGAUCGAUUACGCGCCAACUGAACAAUCGUAUCGAGGAGUCAUCGAAGCAACCGAUGGAUCCGUGGCGGUGAUGUUCGCGAGCGAGAAGAUGCUGCGACGAUUGGGGAAUUCACCGGAAAUUUAUGUGGACGGAACGUUCAAGGUUGUCCCCAAUAGCCCGCCAAUCGCCCAACUGUACACGAUCCAUAUGCGCGUGAUGGAUACUGGACUAGCGGCUGUAUUCAUAUUGUGUAGUGCGAAGACAAGGGCACUAUGUACAGCUGUUUUUCGAAAAAUAUUGGAACUUGCACCCGAAAUCGAACAAAGUCUACGUUUCGCCAUGGGCGAUUAUGAACGCGCGGCUAUGAGCGCUCUGCGCGAAGUGUUUCCCGCGGUCAGCCUACAUGGGUGCUGGUUUUAUUUGGAAAAAUCAGGUUUAACUUCUGAAAAAAUUUACAAAAGAAAUUGACGCAGACAGGGUUUAUAAACUAUUAAUUACAAUUAAUUAAUAAUAUUAAAAAAUAAAAAUAAUGGUUUCAAAAGCGGGUUAUGUAUUUU